CUGGACCCUGGAGGCGGCUGUGGACGUGGGGGUGGUGGUGGUGACCACCUGGAUGGAGGGGGUAGUGGUUUGGGACUCGAGGGCGAUCAACCGGCUUGAGAUGCCAGUGACGGAAGUGGAGAGUGUCCGACGGGAGUACUGUAUGGACCGAAGGAUGGAGAGGAGGGAUGGGGCGGGGGUGUUUUCCCCGAUGGCUUGUUGGCCAACGAGUUCGUGGUGGAUAUCCGCGACGGAGUCGUCGCAGAGAGAGCUCAUGUUGAGGCUUGAAGCACCUUCGACCAUUGGAGAGGACGAAGGCGAGGUGGCGGAGGAAGAUGGAGCAGUGGAGGUGGUAGCAGCGGAUGUGAUAGCGGCACCGGUGGCGGCGGCAGCGGCGGCGCGUUGGGAGGUCUUGGUUUGGCGUGGUGGCAUGUGGAGAAGGGGGGGACAAUUCCUAUUUACAAGAGUAGAGCGUCAUAAAGUGAUUUAGCAAUGAAGGUAGCAGAGAAUCGCAGAGCAAGAAUUAAUUUUUAAUAAAUUAAUUUAAAUUUA